CAACAACAACAUAGCAGCCAGCUAUAUAACUGUGUUUUAGACACGGCACACCCUGAAGCACAAACACUAAACAAGAUACAACACACACGUUGAAGUAGAAUCACUGAAAGAUAUGGCUAAGUCAGUAGCGUCUAAAAAGGAGAGCGGCAACUCGGCCACAUCUGCCAGUGCUGCGGUGACACGCGCUGGUAGCCUUAAACCAGCAUCCAAUGAACGCCACACACUUGGCGAGGCGGUUAACAUCGCAUUCGCCAAGUACAACAAAGUCACACCCGGUAAGCUCAAGGCUAUCGAUUGCUUCUUGGUGUAUGUGAUGGCUGUGGGGGUCAUACAGUUUGUUUACGCCUGUCUGGUGGGCACGGACCCGUUCAACUCGUUCUUGGCCGGGUUUCUGAGCUGUAUAGGCACGUUUGUGCUGACAGUCAGUCUCAGGAUGCAGGCUAAGGAGGAUAUGAUCAUGUACCCUGAAUCAACACCCAAGAGAGCGUUUGCUGACUAUAUUCUAUGCAAUGCUAUACUACACAUAUGGGUUCUUAACUUCAUGGGCUAAGGUUAUUCUGCUAUCGAAUGGACGCGUGUAUAUAUAUGCAUAUACGCAGAUAUAGUGCGUGUAUGUAAGUAUGUAUGUAUGUAUAUAGUAGGGGUAUGCGCAUGAAAAUAGUGGACUGUAAGCAACUUGUAGCCGAGGAUUCUACUAAAGCGAGCGAUAGUUCUGGAGUGAGUUCAUGCGGAUGUACCGCAGGAAGGUGGCCGCAAAGCCUGGGUCCGCAUUCGUCGUGAAGCUUUCGGAAGCGAGAGAACGAAGAGAAUCUGAUGCCCCGGUGAAUAUGGUUUGAUAUGUGAAGAGAUAAUUUUGGGCAAUAAGGGCUUCUACGCCACUCUAUGCGCUCGGAACGGAAUGUAUUCGGCAUCGAGCCACAGUCCGGCUCGGGCUAGGUGAGGGGUUUGGGACUCGGGAUAUGGGAUUUUAAGGCGCGCGACACCAACUUGAUUGUGUAGUGUGAUCUUGGGAGGGCUGGUUUGUAUAUUUGGUAUAGGGCUUCAGUAUGGUGUUGCAUCUGAUGCGAAUUGCACUUGUUGACUGGGAUGGUGUUGAAGGAUUUGUUGCGAGAGACGGUGGUGGGGAAUGCUCGUUUGGGCGGAGCUUGGAAGGUACUCUCUCACGCCGAUACGAACGUACUAUGGCCUAUGUGACCGUAAAGCAUAUGUAUGUUCGUAUAGCUUUAACGUAAAGACGUAUGUGCAUUCACAUAUAUAAAUACAUAUACUAUUAUAUAUAUACAUAUAUAUUUAUAUACACUGAUACCAGAUGUCAUGUCCUGUGCGAGCUUUAUCCUUCCACACAGACGUAAACAGGUGACUUUGGCAGGGUAAAAAGUUCAAAUUAACGACUAAGAAUUUGUAUUACUUGGCUACGCAACCAACAGUGAUUUUACGUAUAUACAGCUGCUUGAUCAGAACUUGUAAACGAUACAAUCAUAUAUGCAUAAAAC